UAUCAUCGUAUUAAUAAAUAUAAAGGCACGUAUUUACUCCUAUCUAUAUCUGUCUUAGAUUCGCAAAAAGUCUGAUUGUUUAAGUUCAUUUGGUGAUGAUAAUUAGUGCAAAAAAGACGUGUUUCAUGUGGUACUGAAAAUAUUGGCAAAUCAGAAUGGCAGCUGAAGUCAAGCAAAGGGUCGUCAAAGACAAAAAAGAAGAAAAGACUGAUGCAGUGAAUACUCCAAAACCAAAAUACUGGGAACCUCUAACAGAUGGAGUUAAAUGGAUCGAAAAAUAUGCAGGAAAUCUUGAGAAUUUCUUCGAAAGAGUACCAGAAUUCAUCACUACCUUCAUAGCAACACUAGCUGUAUUCACAUUUGGAGCUACUUUAAGAGGAGAAUGGGUGGUGAUAUUAGUCACAGCGCUAAAGCAGCUGAGUGGUCACACACAAAACAAUACGAACACAUCCACAAAUGUGAUGGAUUUGUUCUCGUCAAGAAACUUGAGGAUGGAGCAUUUCACCCACUUCUUCAUUGGGGCACAUGCUGUCUCCUUGUCCAUGUACUUCUUCAUUGGAGGAUUCUUGCAUUGGUACUUCUACAUGAACAGAAGGCAUCUCGCCAAAGAAUGGAAGAUCCAGCCAGACAAGUGGCUGUCCCCUGAACUGGAGCGCCAUGAGCUCAUGGUGGGCACCAUGUCUCUCCUACUCGUCGGGACUUUUUCCUCCUUCCUUGCGUGCUAUAUCUACAAUGGCAACCCUUCGACCGUUUACUACCAGUUCGAUGAGUACGGAUGGUUGUGGUUCUUCUUGCAGUUCCCAGUUAUCUUCUUGUAUUCUGACUACACCACCUACAUCCUCCACCGGCUGUACCACACCCCGUGGCUGUACAAGCACUUCCACAAGCUUCACCACAAAUACAAGCAGCCGACUGCCUUCUCCGUCACCGCCAUCCACCCGGUCGAGAUCCUGCACAUCCAGCUGACUAUGUGUCUGCCACUCUUCUUCUUCCCCGUGCAUUGGCUAUCUUUCUACUUCGUGGCCAUCUACAAUUACUACCACGGCAUCAUCGACCACUCGGGCAUCAACUUUAAGGCUCAGUGGUGGCAGCCGUGGCAGCCUGAUGCGGAGUUCCAUGAUCAGCACCACGAGUUCUUCCACUGCAACUUCGGGUUUAACAUGUCCUUGUGGGAUAAACUUCAUGGUACAAUGAGGAAGCAGUACCGUGCCUACACAGAGGACACAUACCACGGUGAAGCUCCCACUCUUGACAGUCCUGAGGGCAAAGCUCUCCUAGCUCAAAACCCUGACCUCAUUGAGAGCAAAGUGCUACAAGAAGAAAUACCUGAAAUACUUGAAGCCGUCAAAUCAGAUACAUCCAAGACUGAUCUUAAUACUAAAAAGGAUAAGUAAGAAGUAGAAUAAGAGAACACGUUCUUUUUUGAUGAUUAUCAUCCUACAAGGUUAAGCAUAAUUUCUCAGGUUUAAACAAUCUUGGUCAUCAAAGUUCUGUUCAAAUCGCUGCGCUAUGCGAUUUUGAAUUCGGAAUGAUGCAUCAAGAUUUGUGAAAAGAAUACUUUUGUUCAUUUGAUUUAUCUUACAAAGGAGCUUUGUCAAUAUAAGAUUUCAAUUUAAUUAAAACCAACUGAAGUACAAGUAUCUUGAACCUGAUGUAACUAUGCUUCAUUAUCUACAGCAGUAUUUAAUUUAUUUUCUUUUAUUGAAAAUGCAGACAUAUUUGCAUUGUAAGAUUGUAAAUCAAAUACAUUUUCAGAUUGCUGUUAAUCUUUUGAAAUAUCCUUUGAGGAUAUUUUAUUGUUAACUUAAUAUUUUUCUUAGCUGAUGUGAUAAAUGUAGGAUAAAAUAGUUGUAAUAUUUUAAGAGGUGAUUUUUGAUAAUUUUCAUCCAAUAAAGCAUUUUGAUUAAUUCA